AUGGGGAUCAUCCCAGAAGCAGCUUUCGAAGUUAUGAUCAAUGUUUUGUGCAAAGCUGGCCAUAUUGAGCAGGCUUGCAAGUUGGCCGAUGGGUUCUCUGCCACCUCAAGUAAGCAUGAGCUGAUUUGGGUUGUUGGAGAACCAGUCUACGUGUUUGUGGAGUUGAAGUUUGUGGCCAUUCUGGAAGAAGAGAUGAAACAACAUAACAACUACAUUGAUAUGGAACCAGAAGCUGUUCCUGAUGAUGCAGUCUCGAUGCUUGAAGAUGAAGUCUCUUGUGUCAUUAACAACCUGCUAGAUCCUUCCACUGGCUUCUUUAGAAAUAAAGCUCUGCAGAAAUAUAUAUCUAUUGGGGAACAAUUCUACCAGGAAGCUUGUGAGGUGGAAAAGAAAAUUCAUUGUUUCGAAACUAAUAUCCAGAGGCCUUAUUUUCAUGUAAUGGCACUUGAUGAAAAUCAACUAGAAAAUUGGCAUUUCCACCUGGACUUUGUUGAGAUGCAAGAAGAUUUUGAUUGGGUUGCGAACCUUUAUGAGAGAUGCUUAAUUCCUUGUGUUGUUUACCCUGAAUUCUGGAUGAGUUAUGUUGAAUUCAUGGAAACCAUGGGAGGGCGAGAGUUAGCAAAUUUUGCACUAGGCCGAACAACAAAAAUAUUUCUGAAGUUCUUAAGGUUAAAUUGA